CAGCAAUUGACCAUGGCUACCAAAAUCAAGAUCACCCCCAACCAGCACUACAAAAAGUCUGGCACAAAGUCCUACGUCCAGUUGAUGCGCAAGUAUCGCUUUAAUCCCACCAAGGAAGGUCCCUAUUACCUCGGCAGUGCUUUACAGCAGACAGGCCGUCCGUAUACCGAGAAGGCAGUGGGCGGAAAAGCCCAUAUCCUCCAUUCCCUGCGCAAGAAAAGUGCAGAAAGCGGCAAAACAGGCGAAGUCGAGGCGGACGAUGUGCAGAAUGAUGCCAUGUACCUGGCUGAAGUGGACAUUGGUACUCCCGCACAGAAGUUGAACUUGGAUUUUGAUACUGGGUCGGCUGAUUUAUGGGUCUGGUCGACGGAAUUGCCGUCGGACGUUUCAUCCCAACACAAAGAUGGCAAGGUCUUUGAUCCAUCCAAGUCGAGCACGUUUAGCAAAAAGGACGGCUCGACAUGGGAGAUUUCCUAUGGCGAUGGGUCGUCUGCAUCUGGAGAUGUAGGCAACGACAUCGUCAACAUCGGUGGCGUCGCUAUCAAAGACCAAGCAGUCGAACUAGCCAACAAGAUGUCAUCCGCAUUUGCACAAGGCGCUGGGGACGGUCUGCUCGGUCUUGCAUUCAGCAACAUCAACACGGUCAAGCCACUUGCCGUCAAGACGCCCGUAGAGAGCAUGAUUGCCCAGUCGGACAUUCCCAAGUCGACGGCGCUGUUCACGGCAAAACUGGGGUCGUGGAAAGAUGCGAAUGAGCCGGAUAAGGGAGAGUCGUUCUAUACGUUUGGAUAUAUUGACCAGGAUACAGUCAAGGCAGCUGGUGAGGAGGAGGUACACUAUACGCCCGUUGACAACAGCCAGGGAUUCUGGAUGUUCGAUUCGGCUUCGGCAACCAUCAAUGGAAAGUCGAUCUCUCGCGCUGGAAAUAAGGCGAUCGCUGAUACCGGAACGACACUGGCACUGGUUGAUGAUGAGACAUGCCAGGCAAUCUAUGAUGCCAUUCCGGGGGCAUCCUACGACAACGACAGCCAAGGAUACAUUUAUCCAUCAAACACGACUGUUGACAAGCUGCCUACUGUGACAUUUGCUGUGGGCGACAAGCAGUUCACCGUGCAAAAGGAAGACUUGGGUUUCGUCGAGGCCAAAUCGGGGUACUUCUACGGCGGCAUCCAGAGUCGAGGAAGUAUGUCGAUGGAUAUUCUGGGGGAUACGUUCCUCAAGGGUAUCUAUGCGGUGUUUGAUGUUGGCAAUCUUCGGUUCGGAGCAGUGCAGAGAAAGGAGGAGCAUCAGAAUCUGUCGACCCCAAGUGAGGCUUGAUACAGUAUAAAUAGUCAAUAGAUAGCCUACCUAUAUCAUUCUAAACAUAUUGAUCUUCAUCUGGAUGGGCAUACCCCAGUCAACAUCUCCUCUACUAAUAGUCGGCUGAUUAU